AUGAGGACAAGGAGCCAAGAUAAGAAGACUGAAUGUCGGGUCCUGCCUAACAAUCUUUGGGACAAAAUAGCAGAAGACACAUUAUCAGGAAACAUCGAGGAGUGGCUUCGAAUUGCAACUCCAAAACAAGAGAAAGAUAAGAUUAUAGUAGUAGUAGUCUCAGACUAUCUAUAUAGUCAGAAAACCAAGGAACAGCCCAUAAAGGAGGGAACACCUCGUUCAGCUAAAAAUAAUUACCAGACGGAGAUGGAUUUUUCCCGAAAGAAGAAGGGAAAUUAUUUCACCCGUGUAAAGUCCUUCCCAAAUUGUGUGCACAAAGAAAUAAUUGAGCAAAUAGGAAAGGAACGAAUAUUCCACCCAUGUACUGUCAUUCAGAAUAAUUACCAGACGGGGACAAAUUAUGCCCACAGGAAAAAGAAAAAUAAUUUCCCCCGUGUAAAGUCCUUCCCAAAAUGUGUGCACAAAGAAAUAAUUGAGCAAAUAGGAAAGGAACGAAUAUUCCACCCCUGUACUGUCAUUCAGAAUAAUUACCAGACGGGGACAAAUUUUGCCCACAGGAGAAGGAAGAAUAAUUUCACACGUGUAAUGUCUUUCCAAAAUGUGUUUGCAAGAAACUAA